GAAACGAUUUCUUUCAUUCCGUUUCCCCUCCAAUUUCUCAUUCUCCAGUCUCUCUUUCUCUCUCCCGGGGUCUCCGGCUCGGAGAGAGAGGUCUGGUAGGGUCGCUGUCCUCUCGGGCCAUAUAGGGUUUCGCUGCUGCUCGCUGUGUUUUCUUCCAGAAGGGAACUUUCCGGGAAAGUUUGCAGUUUUGAAGGAAGGAUCGAGAAGAUUCUCCUCCCGGUUCGCUGGCGUCUGGAAAUUUGGAGAUUCUUUCAGUGAAGCGGGUUUUCUAGCGUUUCAAGGAAGGGAGACCUAAGGGCCUUUGAAGAGAGAAUGCCAGUUAACAGAUCCAAGUCUGAGAAGAAAGAUGGCGAGGGGCAGCUCCGUCGUGACCCCUACGAGGUUCUCGGCCUCCCCAGGAACUGUACCGAUCAGGAAAUCAAGAGCGCCUACCGGAAAAUGGCUCUCAAGUACCAUCCUGACAAGAAUGCGAAUGACCCAGUUGCUGCUGACAUGUUUAAGGAGGUAACUUUUUCCUACAACAUCUUGUCUGAUCCAGAAAAACGACGCCAGUAUGAUACUGCUGGUUUUGAGGCUGUUGAAGCAGAAAGCCAAGAGCUGGAGCUCGAUCUCUCAAGUCUAGGAGCUGUGAACACUGUUUUUGCAGCUCUGUUUAGCAAACUUGGUGUGCCAAUAAAAACCACCGUAUCUGCAACUGUCUUGGAAGAGGCGCUUAAUGGCAGAGUCUCGAUUGAUCCUCUUGUAAUUGGGCAAGCUGUAUCUAGGAAGGUUGAAAAGCAAUGCACCCACUUUUAUUCUGUCACGAUAACAGAAGAGGAAGCAAGGUCUGGUUUAGUCUGCCGGGUGGAAUCAUCUAACAAAAGCAAGUUCAAGUUACUGUAUUUUGACCAAGAAGACAACGGAGGAUUGAGUUUGGCCCUGCAGGAAGACAGCAGAAAGACAGGCAAGUUAACAUCUGCCGGAAUGUACUUUCUUGGUUUUCCUGUCUAUUGGUUGGAUCAAACUGUCAAUUCGAUGGCUCAAUCAAAGGAUCCGGAAUCUGCCUUUUUCAAGAAACUUGAUGGAUUUCAGCCUUGUGAAGUUACCCAACUCAAGGCUGGUACUCAUGUCUUUGCUGUUUAUGGUGAUAAUUUUUUCAAAAGUGUAAACUACACGAUCGAAGUUCUAUGCACUGCCCAUUUUACACAACAAAAGGAAGAUCUGAGGUCCAUAGAAGAUGAGAUUCUCACAAAAAGGGCAGAACUGGCCAAGUUUGAGACUGAGUACAGGGAAGUACUUGCCCAGUUCACAGAGAUGACAAGUAGAUAUGCUCAAGAGAUGCAAUCUAUCGAUGAGCUCUUGAAGCAAAGAAAUGAAAUACAUGCAGCUUACACUACUGUGGAAAGGAGGUUGAGCAAGACCAAGAGCAGAAGGAACUCUUUCAAGAAGGAGAAUCCACCAUCAGCUAGAGAAGAGGAGGGAGAAGAUGAGGAAGAAGAAGAAGAGAGAAGCAGAGACAAGAACAAGGAAACAGGUACAUGUGAAGAAUCCGACAUAGUUAAGAAGAAAAGAUGGUAUAAUUUACACUUGAAAGUGAACAAGAAAAAGCAUUGCUAAGAUUUAUUUCCCCUACGCGUUUUUUUAAUUCUUUUCCACUCUAUCACAACUUGCCCUCUUCCCUUCUAAAAAAUUCUUGAAUUUCCCCUUCUCUUCUUCCCUUUGAGGUCGGUCCAUUUGUAAAUAUGCCUCUGCCUCUUAUUUUCUUCAUAUUAUUAUUGAAAAUGAAAAAAAGAAAGAUAAUUACUUA